AAGCGAGGAAAUGAGAUAAACCCAACGGUCAACAUUUUCCCACCUUGGAAGUGUUUUUUUAUUGCGCAAGACGGCCAUGAUGUUACAUCAAUCACAGCCCACCAUCUUCCACCUAGGCCGGUCUUUCUUUUUUCUUUUUCUUCUCCUUACUUCUUUUGGUUCGUCUACUAAGCAACCUAAACCAAUACCGUCUCCGGGUCUCUCCAACCUUAGCCGCCGCCGCUCAGGUUCGGUUCUCACACUGUGAUAUCUGGAUUGAUUUGGGUUUUUGACCAUUUCGAAGGUGUAUAUGCUUUAUGUAAGGCUCAAAAGCACCCUUGUUUAGUUGGGCUUUAGGGUUUUAGCUCUUUUACCCAUCUGGUUUUGUUUCGUUUCUUGAUUUGGGGAACUGGGUAUCACGUAAUUGAAUCCAGUUUUGAGAUUUUCUUGGGACUUUGAGCUUUUGGGUUUAAGUAUUUAUCGUUUAGCUGAACUGGGUUUCAAAGCUUCGGUCGAGCUUUGCGGUGGUAGUGAGCUUUGGUUCUUUUGUCAUGUGGGUUUGUCUUGUUUCUUGAUUUGGCGAAUUGGGUAUCGUGUAAUUCAGACCAAUUUUGGCAUUUUUGGCAAUUGAAGUUCUUGGAGAAUAUAUUUCUGGUUCUUAUAUCAAUUGGGUUUCUAUAUUUCGUCAAUUUCGUGGAUUGGUUUCGAAGACUGGUCAAGUUUUAGGGUGAUUGUGGGAAAUUGAAGCGCACUGUUUAAACCACUUUGAAGCCGGUAUUCAAAUAUUGGUAAGUUUUGAACUUUCAGCUGUUUUCCCAUCUGGGUUUCUCUUCUGUCAAUUUGGUACUGUGGACCUUGGAGACUUUGAUUGAAUAUUGCAGUGAUGGCAAUAAAUUGAACUCAGCAUGUUUAGAGCCCUUCAAAAAUACUUGAUCUCAAAUAUCAGUGGGCUUUGAACUUUCUUUCUUUUACUAUCUGGGUAGCUCUCCAUCAAUUUGAUGAAAAUUGACUAUAUUGGUGAACUCUCGUGAAGUUGUAAUUUCAUUUUUCUGGUGUUCUCUUGAUUUCGUCUGGCCCUGCCGCAACUUAGUGGAUCUAGAGAUGCUUGCACUGUAUUUUAGUUUUCAAAGAUGGAAUUUAGUAGCAUUAUCUUCUUGAGCAUGGCUGCAGUUGUGUUCAGUCUUUUGCUGUUAGUGCAAUUGCCAAGUACCCUUGCCUCUGACUUGGGAAUACAGUCAAAAGUUUGCGGUACUGAUCAUGUUGCCUAUUUGAAUUCCCAUGGCUAUGAAUUGUUUUACAUAAAUGGGGAUGUAGUAGAUAAAGAUGUGUUCUGCAAGGCCCUGAAAGUCUACUAUGCAAAUAAUUGCGUCUUUGAAGGGCAUCCUGGAAGUAACUACUGUGGAUUGAAUCUUCCAUUAGUUGAGUUGCCUGCAAACGCAGGAAGAAAAAUUUUGAGAAGGCUGAUUCAGGAAGAGUCCACAAUAGAUGAUCUGAACAAUCAUGAGAGAGAAACCAAGCAUCGCAAAUCUGCCUCUUCUCCUAAGGUGAUAGCCAUGGCAGUACCUGGAAUUUUAGUUCUGUGCUGCAGUUUACUUUGUCCUUGCUUCCGUGCAAAAAGAAAAGAAACUGAUCAUGCUGUUCUUUCCAAGGAACCAAUUUCAACAGAUUCAAUUUCCUCUUUUGAAGUGAUCUCUGCUCCUGAAAAGGUCCCGGCCAGUCCAUUACGAGUGCCACCAAGUCCUUCCCGUUUCUCUAUUUCCCCAAAACCCAAUAAAAUUGAAUCAGUGCAUCUCAAUAUGAAUCAGAUUGCUAGAGCUACCAACAAUUUCUCCCCCUCACUAAAGAUAGGUGAAGGAGGCUUUGGAACUGUCUACAAGGCCCAGUUACAAGAUGGCCAAGUGGUUGCCAUAAAACGAGCAAAGAAGGAACUCUUUGAGAAUCUAAAGACUGAAUUCAGAAGUGAAGUUGAACUCUUGGCCAAAAUUGAUCACCGAAAUCUUGUGAAGCUGCUUGGCUAUGUUGAUAAAGGAAAUGAGCGCCUUAUUAUUACUGAAUUUGUGCCAAAUGGUACUCUUAGAGAACAUCUGGAUGGUCAGCGGGGGAAAAUCCUGGAUUUCAAUCAACGACUUGAAAUCUCCAUUGAUGUUGCUCAUGCCCUGACUUACCUCCAUCUAUAUGCAGAGAAGCAAAUUAUCCAUCGAGAUGUGAAGUCAUCCAACAUUCUUCUGACGGAGAGCUUUAGAGCUAAAGUGGCUGAUUUUGGAUUUGCAAGGCUUGGUCCAGUAGACGCUGAGCAAACACAUAUUUCAACCAAAGUGAAAGGGACAGUUGGUUACCUUGAUCCUGAGUACAUGAGGACCUAUCAACUCACCCCCAAGAGCGAUGUGUACUCAUUUGGGAUUUUGCUAAUAGAAAUUCUGACUGGGCGCCGUCCUGUGGAGCUAAGGAAAUCUACCGACGAGAAAGUGACACUUAGAUGGGCCUUCAAAAAGUACAAUGAAGGAAAUGUAGUGGAAUUGGGGGAUCCUUUAAUGGAGGAGGUGGUAGACACAGAGAUACUUAAUAAAAUGUUUGGUUUGGCAAUCCAGUGUGCAGCACCCAUAAGAUCUGAUCGGCCGGACAUGAAAUCGGUGGGAGAGCAGUUGUGGGGUAUAAGGAUGGACUAUGUUAGGAGUGUAAGGAGGGGCUAGUAGCAAAGUGCAUUUUAGAGUGACCUGGCCUUUCUCAUAUUCGUUUACCUUUCUUCUCUUAUUCUUUUUCCUGUUUAUGUACGUAAAACGAAAUCUGGUCUCAAAACAAAACCUACUCCCACUUUGGCCUUUUCCCUGCCACCUCAUUUUUCAUUCUUAAAAAGGGAUUUCUGUAUGCAUGUUAUUCAUUGAAGUGUUAUUGCAAGACUGAAGCAUUACAUGCAACAAUGGGAAAUGAGGAAUACAUUUACUUCUUGAA